UCUUGCCCCUGCUUCCGGGCGGCGCGGCGGCGGGAGGCGCGUGUCCUGCGGUCGGGGCGGCGCGGCCGUGGGGGUCUCUUCCCGGGGCUCCCCCUCCGCGCGCCCGGUGACCUCCCCUGUCCCCGCGGGCCCCCACCGGGUGCCGGGCCUGUGCGCAGUCCCAGCUUCCUGCAGGGCGGAGCCAGUGCCCGCGGUCCCCAAGCCCCGCGUCCCCGCGUCCGUCCUGAGACCCAGGCCCGGAGGGCGGCCUGGCCCCGGUGUCAGGGUCCAGCGCGCGGCCGGCGCUAGUGUUCUGGGUCCUUGUUGAAACGCGCAUCGUCUCCGGGGCCGUGAGCCGUGUCUGCACAGCACCCUGUGGGAGAGGCGCCCGAGCAGCCCGAGGCCGAGGCGGAGAUGGCGACCGCUCAGGUGAGGGGACUGCUGACCUUCGGGGACGUGGCCGUCAGGUUCUCCCAGGAGGAGUGGGAAUGCCUGGCGCCCGCCCAGCGGGCCUUGUACAGGAGCGUGAUGCAGGAGAACUACAGCAACCUGGUCUCCGUGGCACUUUCUUCUCAUUAUAAAAAAGGAUUGUUACUCCAGCAAGCCAUAAAAGACUCAUUCCGAAGAGUGCUCCUGGGAAGAUGUGGGAGCUGUGACCCUGGGGACUCACACCUGAGGACACACAGUGACGGUGAGGCUGAGCGUGGAGGGCAGGACGGCCAUCACGGAGGAGUGCAGAGCCACGGGAGGAGCCCCCGGGACAAGCCCCUCCCCGUCUAUGGGGACCCGCAGCCUGGGGUGACUCGGGACAAAAUCCAGUGCAAGUCAGUUACUGUUGCAGAAGAACGUGUUUCUGUGAGUAAAUGUCAUCAUCCAGUUUUGAAAUACAACUUUGCUCAGAAGGAAAUCUUGGAAAACCUUAAAACUGAGGAGGACCAUGGUGCAAGUAAUAGUUUCAAUCAUUUUAAUCACAGCAGUGCAUUAGAUACACAUUCCUGUACUUCUGAGGACCAAAGCUGUAAUGAAGAAAAAAUGUGUAAGUACAUUGAAUUUGAAAAAUCCUUGACCAUGGAUUCAUUAUUCUUCCAUGAGCAAGUAAUUCCUGCUCAUGCUAAAACUUGCAGUUUUAAUAACUAUCAGAGAGACUAUAUUCGCCCAUCCUUACUUAAUGAAUGUCAUUGUAUAGACAGUGAAAAAGAACCUUAUGUGUACGGUAAAGCUAAGCAGGCCUUUAGGAAGGGCUCUCUAUUAAAUAAUCGUCAAGAUAGUUACAUUCAAGAGAGAACAUGUCGAUCUACAGAACCUGGAAAACAGUGGAACAGAGGAUCAGUACAUAGAGAUCAGAGAACUCAGAUUCCAGAAAACCAUUACCCACGUAACAAAUGUGGGCAAGUGUUCAAGGAGUGGUCAGACUUUAUUCUGCAGCAGUGUAUCCACAUUGGAGAGAAGUCUUACAAAUAUAAAGAAUGUGGCAAAACUUUUAAACAUUUCUCAAAAAUGAUUAAACAUGAGAGUAUUUGCACUGGUGAGAAAAGUUGCAAAUGUAAAGAAUGUGGGAAAGGCUUUCUUCAGUCUUCCCAACUAAAAAGUCACAAGAGGGUCCCUACUGGAAAGCGGUCAUAUAAAUGUAAAGAGUGCAGCAAGUCCUUCACUAGAUCCUCGUAUCUUCAGGUGCACGAGAAAGUUCAUACAGGAGAGAAGCCUUACAGAUGUAAAGAAUGUGGAAAUGCCUUUAGGUGGUCCUCAAACCUUACUCGGCAUCAGAGAAUUCACUCGAGGCAAAAACUAUACCAAUGUAGAGAAUGUUGCAAAUCCUUUACUUCUUUUUCACGUCUUAAUGUGCAUGAGAGAAUUCAUAGUGGAGAGAAGCCUUUUAAGUGUAAGGAAUGCGGAAAAACCUUUAAGUGGGACUCACACCUUAAUCAACAUAAGAUGAUUCAUUCUGGACAAAAACCUUACAAAUGUACAGAAUGCAGCAAAUCCUUUUCUUGUUCCUCAAGUCUUAGUGUGCACCGGAGAACUCAUACAGGAGAGAGACCGUACAAGUGUAAGGAAUGUGGCAGAACCUUUCAGCAGAGCUCACACCUUACUCGGCAUCAGAGAAUUCAUUCUGGACAGAAACCUUACAAAUGUAAAGUAUGCAGAAAAUCCUUCAGUUGUUCUUCAAUUCUUACUAUGCAUGAGAGAAUUCAUACGGGAGAAAAACCUUACAAGUGUAAAGAAUGUGGCAGAGCCUUUAACUGGAACUCACAAUGUAAUCGACAUCAGAGAACUCAUUCUGGGCAGAAACCUUAUAAAUGUAAUGAAUGCGGCAAAUACUUUAGUUCUUCCUCAUAUCUUAAAGUGCACCAGAGAAUUCAUACAGCAGUGAAACCUUUCCAAUGUAAAGAAUGUGGCAAAGCCUUUACUUAUUCCUCAAGGCUUAAGGUGCAUGAGGGAAUCCAUACUGGAGAGAAGCCUUACAAGUGUAACGAAUGUGGAAAAGCCUUUAGGUGGGAUUCACACCUUAAUGAACAUCAGAGAAUUCAUUCUGGACAGAGGCCUUUCAGAUGUAAUGAAUGCAGCAAAUCCUUCAGAAGUUCCUCAAAUCUUUAUGUGCACCAGAGAAUUCAUACUGGGGAGAAGCCUUACAGUUGUAAAGAAUGCAGUAAAGCCUUUGUACAGGUCUCCCACCUUGCUAAACAUCAGAGAAUUCAUUCUGGACAGAAACCUUACAAAUGUAAGGAAUGAAGCAUAUCCUUUACUUGUUCCUCACAUCUUACUGUGCAUCAGGGAAAUCAUACAAGGUAGAAACCUUAGAAGUGUAAACAAUAUGCUAGCUUUUAUGCAGACUUUACAGAUCACCAAAAAUCACAGAAUGCAUUGUGGACAGAAAUCAUACAAAUGUAAUGACUGCAGCAAAUGUUUUUAAUUUCCUUAAAAAAUUACUCUAUGUCAUAGAGAUUUUAUACUGGAGAGAAACCUUAACAAAUGAAACAAUGUUGGAAAGCCUUUAACCUGUGCUGAAGCAUUACUGCACCCCAUAAAACUCACACUAUGGAGAAACAUGUUUUGUCCACUGAUGUAGGACAGAGGUUUGUGUAAACUGUACGUGUAGAGAGCAUGAAAGUUUUCAGAUGGGUGGAAACAAUCUACAAAUUGAAAGACAGUGACAAAGCUGUCAAGUCUUCCUCCCACAUGGUACAUAAGGAAAUUCGUGGUGGAGAAAAGGUACCAGUAUGCUUAAUAUGGAAACACCAUUGUCCAAGAAAUAGACCUCAAAAUCAUGACAGUCUUCAUAAUGGAAAGAAACUACAGAUGAAAAUACAUUAGAAAAUAUUUAAGUGAAAAUAUAAAUUUACCAGGAAAGAUUUGCGUAAGAAAGCAGUAAGAUAUCAAAUUUUUUAGUGGUUACCUUCAGAGUUAUUUGUUAUAAAAAUCAAAAUUUAUAGCAAUUAGAUAAUUCAAUUGGUAAUUUGUGUGAGUAAAAAGGGGCACAUAUUUUGGAUUCUAUACUAUCCUCCACCCCCCACUGCAGACACAGAUGCAAGCCCAGGCAGUUAACCUGUCUUCUGACCUGUGUACAGAUUGGGGGUGCCCAUGACCACCUCCUUGGGCUUGAUUUAUUUGUUAGAGUGGCUCACGGAUAUCAGAUCCACCUGCUUUUAUGGCUGUAUCCAGGUCUGACCCCACCCUGGUAUCUCUCCUUGCUGAAAAUAUUAGAUGUGAAAAGGGGUUUGUUUGCCUGUCCACCCAAAGUCAUUAUUGACGCAAAUGUUGCUGAAUCCCAAAAGCCAAUAUAAUGGAAGCACAGAGCUGUUUUGGUGACUUAAUUUCUGUCUUUCUCAUUAAAUCCUGUGCUUAAGAGCCAGCCCAUCCAGCACCCUGCCCUCUGGUCUGCAGAUCCAGUAGUGGCUCAAGGUUUACAAAGAAAACAUGUAUGUACAUGGUGAAAUAACUGCCAUGGCCAAGCUAAUUAACAUCUGUCAUCUCACAUUGUUGAGAUUUUUAUAAAGAUGAUGUUACUGGGCAGUGGCCCAGUUCCAACAUAACUUCGUUCUUUGUUGCUUGAGAUGCCAAAACUCCAGAGACAACUGUUGGUGCAAAGGCGGCUUUGUUCAGGAAAGCCGGCGACCGAGCGGGUGGGGACAGCCUCCCAGGGACACCUACGCAGCACCAGCACUGUUCGGAGGGAGAACGUUUGGAAGGGGAACUUCAUGGAACAGGAGGGGCGACAGGCAGAACUGACAGUUAAUCAGUGUCUGCACCAGCCUGAGGGCAGAUUGCUGGCGUCUAGGAAACUGCUUCAAAACUGCCACUUCUCUGGUUUCCAGGCAUGGUGGGUGGCAUUCUUGAAACUCAGAGAGUUCUGGUUAGUGUUUUAUAAGACCCCAGAAAAGAGCAUGGAAGAGGUUUGACAUCUUAGCUUAUUUUUAAAAUGCACUGAAUUAGGCUUUGUUAGGGCCUCUAGGGUCCAAUACACUAUUACGAACUAGAUAUACCGUGCUGUACAUUAGAUCUCCAGAAUUUAUUCAUCCUCCAUAAAUAACCUUUUCACCAUUUGACCAGCUUGUCUCCAUUUCCCCCACCCACAGCCAGUGGCACCCAACACUCUAAUCUUCACCUUUACAAGUUCACCUUUUUUAGGCUUCACACAUACGGGAUUCCAUGCAGCAUUAGCUUAUUUCACUAAACAUGUGCUGUACAUCCUCAUUGUCACAAAUGGAAGGGUUUCCUUGUUUCUUAAGGCUGGGUGAUGUACCAUUGUAUUUUCUUCAUUUAUUUGAUGGGGAGCAGAGUACAUGCCCCAAAAGCAUGCUAAUUUGCAGGUGGAUUUUUUUGAGCUAAAGGCAGUUAGGACCCAGCCAACUCAGAAAAGAUAUUUUUACUCAGCUGCCACAGGGGCCAAGGGCGGACAGCCCCCUAAUGUGCCACUUUGGCAUAUUGACUACUUUGAAUUAAAGCUAACAGAGAAAAAGCAGGUGCAAAGAAACUCUGACCCUCCUUGUCCCCCUGCAACCAGGAAAUAAAUCUCCCAUGGGAAAGAUACCCUCCCUGCCACCUGGAGGGUAGAAGGCAUCCUGAUCGCCAGAGGCAGAAAUUCAGUGCUGAGAAGUUUACACGAGCCAACCACAUUGCUUGUUUACUAUAUACCAUCCCAGGCCAAAUGCCCUUCAGAUUUAUUUACUAGUAUCAGCAAGCAAACAAAUCUUGUCCUGCCAAUUUGGCUCACAUUUAUUAUUCCUUUGUCAAAGAUGUAUAAAAGCUGCCUGCCCUGGUCAUUCUUUGAGUCUCAGUUUCAUUAUUGGGCUUUGGUAUGUAUGUAAUUAAACAUUGUCUUUUUGUCUCAUUUCAUCUCGUAUCAGUUUGAUUCCUAGCAGCUAAAAAAAUGUUGAAGGGUAGAGGAAAACUCUUCCUCCCCUACACUGCCUACAAUUAUUUAGAGAGGGGGGCUUCUACCAGGAAGAGAACUCUUAGCAGACAAAACUUGUUAUUUCAGAAAGGCUUACCUGCAUGGCAUGGCAAAUACUGACCAACAAUUGGCUCCUGCCAUCGUCCUGUGAAUUAUCAUACAGCUUUUUGAAGGCCCAGACUUCUACCCUCUUCAUAGGAGAUGAUGACAUAAUGAACCUCAAUUUCCUGAUGGUCUCUGAUCCUCAUAUCUUUGGGGACCUUGUAUGUAUAAAAUUAAACUUGUUUUUUCAACUGUU